UUGGUCACCGUGUGCUCUCUCCAAUGUUUGUAAAUUGUAGUCCGCAGACACCGCUGUGUAGAUCUCAGCGCGCAAAUGUAUAUUCUAAUGUUGAUAAACUUUACUUGUUGGGAUUUUAUUUGAAAAAUUACAGUUCCCUAGAAACAGCGGGAAAGCGACACAUUGAGACGUUGUGGAUCUUAAGGAACCGAACAAGGCAGAAAGAGAGACUAUAAUGGUCCUUAGUCAGAUGGAUGCCGGUAAAGCUUUGACGGCGGCAGCAGCCAGAGGGAAUACGAGCGAGGUGCAGAGGAUCCUGGAGGAAUGCAGGGUGCAUCCUGAUACUCUCAAUGAGUUCGGCAGGACUGCGCUACAGGUGAUGAUGAUGGGGAACUCCAAUGUCGCUAGUUUGCUAUUAGAAAAAGGAGCAGACCCCAACGUCCAGGACAAACAUGGGAUAGCGCCUGUCCACGAUGCAGCCCGAACAGGAUUCCUGGACACUCUGCAGGUUCUGGUGGAGUACGGCGCUUCGGUCAACAUCCCAGACCACAGCGGCGCACUUCCUAUCCACAUUGCCAUCCGGGAAGGCCACCGGGAUGUUGUGGAGUUCUUAGCACCACGGUCCGACCUGAAGCACACCAACAUCAGCGGUCAGACGGCUGUAGACGUGGCCCGAGCUUCAUGUGUGCCUAAUAUGAUUGACUUGCUUUUCGCUCACAUUCAUAGUUAGUCAGAAGUGUGGGUGCCCUCUGGGUAACCCCUAACCUAACUCUUUUUUGCUUCAAAUCUGGUGACUUGAAUUCAUUGCUGUGUAAAAGAUUAUUUUUUUUGUUAACAGUGGCUCUACAUUAAUGUGUGACACAGGACAUAUUGUUCUGGCAGCUUAUUUUCAUUGGAUGGGUGGCUAUGUAUAGUAGACACCUCUUUUGCACAGUGCAAUUUAGGCACCUUAUAUAUCUGUUUUCCCUAUUAAUUGGGAGUGCACAUUUGUAGAUAGUUUCCCCAGUGUUUUGUAAUUAUUGCAUUAUUUCCAUUGUGUAACAGUUGAUAUGUGUUUUUAAAAAACUUUUACAAGACAUGACAUGGUGCACCCUGAUUGCUUUUCAUAGUUUUGUUUCUCUUGAGUAGAUGAACUUAGAACUUACUCUUAUUUAUUUUUUGGAAUAGGACUGAAUAUUCCUGUGACUUUGUAAAUAGUAACAUUUAUUGUAACUGGUUGAAAUGUUAUUUAUAAAAAAUACUUUAAAAUCAAAAGUGAGAUUAUUCACUUUACUAUUUGAAGAAGAAAACACAAAAUAAAGUGUUUUGAAGUC